AUGAUCGUUUUAAGCAUCUCAAUCUGCGUAAUAUGGGCAAGUUUACGUCCUAAAACUCCCAUUUACACCAUCGUAAAUUUCUACGUCCCGGCUUUAGAUGUCAAGAACAUUACUUCUCCGGUCGCUACCAAGAAUCAGAGUCUGUUCAUCGACAUGGAAAUCUCAAAUCCAAACAAAGGUAUCGGCAUCUAUUACAAUCAAAUGAGCUUGACUUUUUAUUAUGGUGAAGCAAUUGUGGGAUUGAGUUCUAUAGCUUCUUUCUAUCAAGGUCACAAUAAGACUACUCGGAGGGAAGUUAGAGUUACUGGUGAUCAGAAGUUGUGGAAAUGGGCCUCUAGGCCCAUUUUGAAUGGAACAGUGGAUUUGACUGUGGGCUUGGUGAGCCCAAUUAGAUAUAAAACAUUUCAGUUCAAGUCAAUGCCUCACCUGAUGGAACUGAAAGCCCAUGUUCAUCUUGGUUCGGAUGGGAAGAUAUAUGGCCUUGAUUUUGGCCUUGAUCUUGGCCCUGAUUUUGACCCUGAUCUUGGCCCUCAUUUUGACCCUGAUCUUGACCUUGAUCUUUGCCCUGAUUUUGACCCUGGUCUUGGCCCUGAUGAUGACCCCUGA